CAGUUUAUUUUUGCUGCUGAAUAUUAUAUGUGAAAAAUUUUAUAUAUAAAAUAUUUGUCGAUUUAGCUACAACAUUAAAUAGUGAUCUGCAAGAUUUUAGUUUACUACACGUAAUUAGCGGUUCAACUGUAGUGAUAGAAAAACCGAGGAAAAACGAUCCUCGGUUAUAUUCUGGUACAUUAAUUAUGGCAAACGUUCCUGGUUUUACAUUGGAAACUGCGAAAGCCAUAUUGACAGAUGUUUUGACAGCAUUAAAUACACCCGAGAACUUGCAAAAGCUCACAGAAGCGAAGGAAAGUUCCGGCAAUGAAAUGUUGAAAAUGAUGCAAUUUGUGUUCCCACUAGUAACACAGAUUCAAAUGAAUGUCAUAAAAAAUUACGGAUUUCCAGAAGGAAGAGAAGCAGGUACUGUACAAUUCGCACAGCUCAUUCGGGCUUUAGAAAGAGAGGAUGCUGAAAUAGCACAGCUACAUAGUCAGGUCCGUUCAUACUUCCUUCCACCAGUUACAAUAAACUCUUCGACUGAAGCAUCUCUUUAGAUUAAAACGAGGUCUCUCAUCUAAAAAAUCCAUAUGUAUAUCAUUUUUAUCUAAAGACUGUUAAAUUAAUAA